AUGGCACCUCCGAUCGCAAGUGUCCCGUCGCUUGAGGCGGCGCGCGAGGUUAUCUCCAAGUCGAGAAACUCCCAAUUCGCCCCGAAUCUCCUGCCCGUGACUGCCUCGAUUCCUGCGGAUCUUUUGACGCCGACAUUAGCAUACCUCAAGAUUGCGGAGAACUCGCGGUUGUCCUUUUUAUACGAGAGUGCAGCGACUACGGAGACCAUUGGACGAUACAGUUUCGUCGGUGCAGACCCCAGAAAGACCAUCAAGACCGGUUCUGGCCAUGGCCCCGAAGCCGACCCCCUCCCUAUCCUGGAGGAAGAGCUCUCCCGGUACCGUGUUGCCUCAGUUCCCGGGUUGAUCCUCCCGCCUUUGACCGCCGGAGCCAUCGGAUACGUGGGAUAUGACUGUGUCCGAUACUUUGAGCCCAAGACCGCACGGCCCAUGAAGGAUGUCCUGGGUGUGCCGGAGUCCAUGUUCAUGCUGUUUGACACCAUCAUUGCCUUUGACCACUUCUUUCAGGUCGUCAAGGUUAUCACCUAUGUCCCGAUCCCGGCCGAUGAUGCCGAUAUCGAUGCCGAAUAUCAGAAGGGCCAGGAGAUUAUUCAGAAGACCAUCGAUACCCUUCUCCAGGACCGUACACCACUGCCUCCUCAGGGUCUCAUCAUCCAGAACCAGGAAUACACUUCCAACAUCGGCCAAGAGGGCUACGAGAACCACGUCAAGAAACUGAAGGAACACAUCGGCAAGGGCGAUAUCUUCCAAACCGUCCCCUCACAACGGCUAUCGCGGCCCACCUCUCUUCAUCCGUACAACCUCUUCCGCCACCUUCGCACAGUGAACCCCUCUCCUUACCUGUUCUACAUCGACUGCGAAGACUUCCAGCUCGUGGGUGCCAGCCCCGAGCUCCUCGUGAAGGAAGAGCGAGGUCGCAUCAUCACCCACCCCAUCGCGGGAACGGUGAAGCGUGGCAAGACAUUGGAAGAAGACACCGCGCUGGCCGACGAGCUCCGCAGCAGUCUCAAGGACCGUGCCGAGCACGUCAUGCUGGUCGAUCUGGCCCGCAACGAUGUGAACCGGGUGUGCGAUCCGAUCACCACGCAAGUCGACCGGCUGAUGGUGGUGGAGAAGUUCUCACACGUGCAGCACCUCGUCUCACAAGUCUCCGGCGUGCUGCGACCCGGCAAGACGCGCUUCGACGCCUUCCGGUCCAUCUUCCCGGCUGGUACCGUCUCCGGCGCUCCUAAGAUCCGUGCGAUGCAACUGAUUGCCGAGCUGGAGGGCGAGAAGCGUGGUGUGUACGCCGGCGCUGUUGGAUACUUCGGCUACAACAUUGCCAACGGUGACGGAUCGAGAGAGGAGCCCGGUGCGAUGGAUACAUGCAUUGCGCUGCGGACGAUGCUGGUCAAGGAUGGCGUUGCCUAUCUGCAGGCCGGCGGUGGUAUCGUGUUUGACUCUGAUCCGUAUGACGAGUACAUGGAGACGAUUAACAAGCUCGGUGCGAACAUUGCCUGUAUCCGUGGAGCGGAGGCGAAGUAUCUGAGCAUGCAGAAUGGGUCUGUUUGA